AAUAAAUCCGUAAAAUCGUUGUGAAAAAAGUAAAAAUGUCUGAUGUGAAAAUAAAAUUCGAUUGGGGCAACGCCAGUGUGGAUCAGCCCAUGCCACAGGCCUUCAAGGAGAAGGAGGUGGCCAAGGCCGGCUGCCACACCCCCCGGGUCUACCGCUUCAAGGACAUCUACGAGGGCAAGAGGAAGCAGCAGCUGAGCAAGUGCCUCGAGGCGGAGCGCAAGCAGCGCGAGUUCCACAGCCGUCCAGUGCCCAACUUUCCCCAGAUCCACGAGCGCCAGGCGGCCAAGCCCGUCGUCCACCGUGUCACCCAGCCGGUCACCCCCAACGUGCUCAAGAACUCUGCUCCGGCGGAGAUGAGGCGCCGCCAGCGGCUGGAGUUUGAGUCCUCGCGUCCAGCUCUGAAGCCUCUGCCCAGCAACUUCAAUGCCCAGACCUCGCAGAAGCAGGAGGCCCGUCGCCAGCAGCAGGAGGAGCAGCGCCUCCGUAAGGAGCGUGAGGACUACCAGAAGCACCGCCAGUUGACCACGUUCCGGGCUAGUCCCAGCCCGUUCAGCACUACGCCACGUUAGUGGGGAGUGGCCUUCCUUUUUCCCGUCAUCCCUUUGCCCCUAUUUCAAUUUUGUUUUGUUUCUUUGUUUUUAAAUUGUUGUUCAAAUUUGUUUUGUUGUUCGAAGAAAUUAAAUUACUAUAAUCAGCACAGACGUA